UGUGGACGCCACACGCUCCCGGAAGUGGGAGGUGUCCGCUCGAGUUUGUGUGGCCGCCGCCGCGGGAACGCCAGCCCGGUAAUUUUUCAACGGAGAAAGGCGAGGCAUUCGGUCUUGGCCGAGUGAGAGUGAGCAAGUAUCGGGCUCCAGCAGCUUUCCUCUUACGUGACAGCCGGCAUGGAGCAUGAGCGGAGCAAACAACCUGGCAGCGAGGCCGUGGCUACCGCGCGGCUGGAGUCGCCCAGAUCGGAGUGUGGGGAGGAGCCGCCGUAUCCGAAUCCCGAGAAAAAGCAACGAUGUAGAUUCGAUGGCCAAGAAACAAAAGGAUCUAAGUUCAUUACCUCCAAUGCAAGUGAUUUCAGUGACCCAGUUUACAAAGAGAUUGCUAUUACAAAUGGAUGUAUUAAUAGAAUGAGUAAGGAAGAACUCAGAGCUAAACUUUCAGAAUUCAAGCUUGAAACCAGAGGGGUAAAGGAUGUGCUAAAGAAAAGGCUGAAGAACUAUUACAAGAAGCAGAAGCUCAUGUUGAAAGAGGGCAGUUGUGCUGACAGUUACUACGACUACAUUUGUAUCAUUGAUUUUGAAGCCACUUGUGAAGAGGGUAACCCACCUGAAUUUAUACAUGAAAUAAUUGAAUUUCCUGUGGUUUUACUGAAUACCCAUACCUUAGAAAUAGAAGAUACAUUCCAGCAGUAUGUGAGACCAGAGAUUAACACACAACUUUCUGAUUUCUGCAUCAACCUAACUGGAAUUACUCAGGAUCAGGUAGACAGAGCUGAUACCUUCCCUCAGGUACUUAAACAAGUAAUUGACUGGAUGAAAUUGAAGGAAUUAGGAACAAAGUAUAAAUACUGCAUAUUGACAGAUGGUUCGUGGGAUAUGAGUAAGUUCCUGAACAUUCAGUGCCGGCUAAGCAGGCUCAAAUAUCCUCCUUUUGCUAAAAAGUGGAUCAAUAUUCGAAAGUCGUAUGGAAACUUUUACAAGGUUCCUAGAAGCCAAACCAAAUUGACAAUAAUGCUUGAAAAGCUAGGAAUGGAUUAUGAUGGGCGGCCUCACAGUGGUCUUGACGACUCUAAGAACAUUGCCCGAAUAGCAGUUCGAAUGCUUCAAGAUGGAUGUGAACUCCGAAUUAAUGAGAAAAUGCACGCAGGACAGCUUAUGAGUGUGUCUUCUUCAUUACCAGUAGAGGGCACUCCAGCUCCACAAAUGCCACAUUCUAGAAAAUAACAGCAUUUUUGCCCUUUGCCCAUGGAUCAUUCACUCUAACUGGAGUUGCUACAAAGAGGUAGCAGAUGAAUACUUACUGAAUUAGUCCUGUGGUGCAAAAUUUAAGCAACUUAAACAUUUACAAUCUUACUACAGUUAAAGUUAUAUAUAAAUAUGUGUGAACAGAUUGUGUGGGGAGGGCAUAUUGAAUUUUUUGUCACCAGCACUUUUGAUAUGAGCAGUAUUUGUUACACAGUAACAGUUCCUGCUUAGAAUUGACUUUUAUAAUUUAAAAUGUCCAAGAUGUGUCCCUCUUGGUUUUAAAAUGCAAGGGCUUAUUGGCGCUCCCCUUGAAUGUCAUAUCUUAUUGAUGUUAAAAUGUAUAAUGUAUUUCUACAUUAACAUUAGAUCAAGUCAUUUCUUACAGUGAAGGAAAGAUUGGAAGGCCUUAUGUAGCCUUUGGGUUUUAAGAAUGUCACAAUCAAAUCACAAUAUCAAUCAAAAUCCUUUUGAUUUUUGAAUUCUAUGUGUGAAGUUCAGCUGUGCAUGGUGAAUUUCAUAAAGUACCUGGUACACAUAUCUGCCUACAUUUCUUUUCAGUUUGUAGUUGGAAGACUUGUGGUAGAUUAUAGGGUCUUGUUAAGAAUUCAGUUACUGGUGAGGUUAAUGGAAAGUCAGAAGAAAAUACCAUUUAGAGGAAUAUAAGGGCUGUAGCUCAAACUUUUUCACACAUAAACAUAUCAGUGGGGUUUUUUGGACUUCAUUUUUUGAUUCCCCUCCCUCUUGUGACAUUUAUCUGCCCUAAUUCUUAAAUCUAAGAGACCAUGCUUUGAAAUAGACUAAAAAUAAGGGUCACCACUUAAUUUUGCAUUAUAUUCAACAUGAUGAGUAAGGUUAAUAAAGUCAAAUAAUGCUUUUUAACAUGUCUUAUGUUUUUAUUACAAGUUGAUUUUACAUAGUGAGUGACCACUAAAUGUUAAAUAGUUAAUUCUUAACUAAUUCUAAAAACGAAAGUGGGUUUAUGGAGUUGAAAAAGCAAAACUCUUACCUAGAAGCUGAAAAUAUUUUCUGAAUUGAAUUUCCCCCUAUAGCUUUUCAUGAACAAUUUGUUUCUUUUACUUUCUAUUAACAGUUGUGAUGCUACUUUAUUUUAAUGAAUUAAAUGAAUUUUAUAGAGGCUUCUAACCCUGGUGCAUAGGAAAAAAGAAGACAUUUUUCUUGGUCUGAGAAUUCUCUCCACAAUGCUGUAGAAAGAAUGAAUUUUGCCUUUGAGCUGUAGUUGUAGAAUAAGAAUAUAGACCUAAUAAGUGGAUAACAGGAGGCACAAGGGAUUGCGAUGCCCUUAGACAAACUGAUACAGAUUAUAGUAAAACAAGGAAAUCGAAAUGUUUUACAUUUAUGCAGCAAACUUUGGGGGUGAAAUGGAUGUAUGCUGAGAUUUUUGUGAAUCCUAAAUAGCACCAUAUAACAUAUAUAUAAAGUAGGGUUGCGAGUGUCAAAGAAUUACCUUUAAAUCCUUACUGAGUUAUGGGGCCAGGGUAGAGUAGGGGAGAACAACAAAUCACUCUUGAGAUGUGGGUGCUGGGAGGUCUACUGGCACGCUUUUUAGGUGCUUUUUUCCCACAUAGCCACCUUAACCUUAGAAUUCAAAUUCAUGUUACAGCAAAACCGUAAUUAUCUGUUGUCAGCUUCUACAGUUGCUCAUCAGCAGCUGAAAUUGCAGUGGGGAAAUCUGAGAAUGGCAAGGAAAUAUUGCCUCUUGUUUUGUUUGUUUGUUUUUAAGUCAGACUUCUAAUUUCUGGGCCGAUUUUUUUCUUUUUGCAAAAUAACCCAAGUACUGACAAACUCCUGUUGUAUUUCUUUUUAAGACCUUCAGCAUUACAAGCUGUCAAUAUCCUUUUGACUCAGUCAGAUAUUUUAUUUGGUGAUGUUUUACUCUCAUUUUUUAAAAACUAUUGAGAAGUAACUGACAAAUGUAAGUGUAUAUAUUUAAAGUGUAAAUGUGAUGAUUUGAUGUACAUUGUGAAACAAUUACCAAGAUCACAUCACUUUAUAUAGUUAGCUGUGUGUGUGUGUGUGUGUGUGUGUGAGAGAGAAUGCUUAAGGUCUUCUCUCAGCAGCUUUCAAGUAUAAGAUACCAUGUUAUUAACCAUAGUCAGUACUGCUGUACAUUAUGUCCUCAGAACUUAACUCUUCUUAUGACUGAAAAUUUGUAUCCUUUGACCUAUAUUACCCCAUCUCUUCCAUCCCCAGCCCUUGGCGACCACCAUUCUGUUAUAUUUCUAUGAUAUUAGCCUUUUUUUUUUAAAGAUUCUGCAUAUAAGUGAUACCAUGCAGUAUUUGUUUUUGUCCAUCAGCCUUAUUUCACUUACCUUUCCAGGUUCAUUCACACUAUUGCAAAUGACAGUAUUUCCUUUUUCUUUAUGGCUGAAUAAUAAUCCAUUGUGUAUGUACUGUUUGUAUCAAGAUAUUUUUUGAGUUCUCUUGAUUUCUUCUUUGACCCAUUGGUUCCUCAGAAGUGUUUUGUUUAAUUUCCACGUAUUUGUGAACUUUUCCAGCUUUCCUCCUGUCAUUGAUUUGUAGUUUCAUACCAUUGUGGUCAGAAAGAUAGUUGAUGUGACUUCAGUCGUCUUGAAUUUUUUGAGACUUGUUUUGUGACCUAACAUAUGAUCUGUCCUGGAGAGUAUUCUAUGUGUGCUUGAGAAGAACGUGUAUUCUGCUGCUAUUGGUUGAAAUAUACUGUAUAUGUCUGUUAGGUCCAUUUUGUUUAAAGUAUCACACAAGUCUCUUAUUUCCUUAUUGAUUUUCUGUCUGGAUGAUCUGUCCAUUGUUAAAAGUGGGGUAUUGAAAUACUCUACCAUUAUUUUGCUGUCUAUUUUUGGGUUUUUUGGGAUCUGUUAAUAAUUAAUAUGCUUAGGUGCUCAGUAUUGGGUACAUAAAUAAUUGUUAUAUCCUUUUGAUGAGUUGGCCCUCAUUAUUGUUAUAUAAUAACCUUCUUUGUCUCUUGUUACAGCUUUUGAGUUAAAGUCUAUUUUGUCCAGUGUAAGUAUAGCUACUUCUCUUCUCUUUUGUUUUCCAUUUGUAUGGAAUAUCUUUUUCUAUCCCUUCACUUUUAGCUUUAAGUGCCCUGAAAACUUAAGUGAGUCUCUUAAUGGCAGCAUAUAGUUAGGUUUUGUUUUUGUAUCUAUUUAGCCACUCUGUGUCUUUUAAUUAGAGAAUUUAAACCAUUUGCACUUAGAGUAAUUAUUUGUAGAUAGGGACUUAGUAUCUCCACUUUGUUAAUUGCUUUCUGAUUGUUUUGUAGUUCCUUUUUUCCUUUCUGUCUGUCUUUGUGAGUUGAUGGUUUUUUUGUAGUGGUAUGCUUUCUUUUUAUCAUUUGUGUAUCUGUUAUAGGCUUUGGCUUUGUGAUUACCAUGAAGCUUUCAAAGUAUCUCUCAUAGUUACAACAAUCUUGUGUAAGCAAGUGACAACAACUGAACUCAAAAAUUAAGCAUUCCUUUAGCAUUUCUUGUAAGGCAGGUCUAGUGGUGAUAAAUUCCCUCGGUGUUUUGGUUUGGGUUUUUUUUGUUUUGUUUUUUUUUUUUUUGUCUCGGAAAGUCUCUCUCUCCUUCAUUUCUGAAGGACAGCUUUGCUAAGUAAACUAUUCUUGGUUGACAGUUGACAGUUUUUUCUUUGAGCAUUUAGAAUGUAUCAUCCUGCACUCUCCUGGCCUGCAAAGUUUCUGUUGAGAAAUCUGCUGGUAUCAGACUUUUUUCUUCUGCUGCUUUCAAAAUUCUCUUUUUCUUUGAUUUUUGAGAUUUUUUUAUUAUAAUGUAUCUCAGUAAAGAUUUCUUUGGGUUGAAUCUAUUUGGGAUCUUUGAGUUUCAUGUACCUGGAUGACCAUAUCUCCCCAGAUUUGGGAGA